GAUGUCACUCGCCAUGGCUUCAGACAACAAGCAGCGGAAGCGCAGGGGAAACCUUCCCAAGGAGACUACGGACAAGCUGAGGACAUGGUUUGUCGGUCAUCUCCACCACCCAUAUCCCACCGAGGAUGAGAAGCAGGAGUUGAUGCGACAAACUGGACUCCAGAUGAACCAAAUCUCAAACUGGUUUAUCAAUGCCCGCCGCAGGCAGCUGCCCACGAUGCUCAACAACGCCCGUGCCGAGUCAGAUGCCAUGACUUCGCGUACUACCGACGGCAAGCUGCUUACCUCCACCGAGCGCGGCGACUACGAUGACAGCAAACCUCGGCAGAGCCCAACGACAAGCGACGGGGGGGAUAGCCCAUUUGAUGACGACAUGGAGGCCCGCCGUCGCUCACAGCACCUGAAGCGAGGUGGCAGCUACUAAAGAAAGGGGGAAACUUCCGAAGAAGACCCUUCCUUGCGCACACUACUAAAAUAGCAACCAUGGAUCUGCGCUGAACGAAAAUAAGAAAAAGGAAAAGAAAAAAACUUCGAGCCCUUUUCUUUUUUUCAACUGAAAAAUACUUAUGUUUUUUCUUGAACUGUACAUACCUACCAUGUCACGAGGAAACGAGGAGAAACACAAGAACAAGAAACAAAAAA